AUGUUGAUGUCACAUGUUUACCAACGGGUUAUAGUACUGGAGUUCCCCCUUUACCAGAACUUUGUGACGAUUGUUACAAAAUAUUGGAUAAUGAUAGUAGUGGUACGUAUUAUAAAGAUGGAAUAUAUAAAAAUGUUAAUUCAUUGUUAGAAAGACUUGAAAAAGGCGCCGAUACAUUUUCUGAAAAUGAUGGAAUUGAAGAAGAAUUACAAGAUUUAGAUGAAGAAUUAGAAGGUUCUGAGCAUGAAAAUAUUCAAGAAAAAGAUGUAAAUUUGCAAACCAUGAAUAAAGCAAAAGGGGCUGUAAGAGCAUUAUCCCAACAUCUUGGUUUGCAUUUUCAGAACGAAUCCAAAGCUAAGAAAGAAGAAGAAAAGAAGAGACUAAAUAAUUGA